CUCACUUGUGUGCUGGUUCGACCGUUCCCGGAAGCAUGGCGAUCACGAGGAAGACGUUCAUAGAUCCUCCGGUGCUCCGCAAGCCGCUGGCUUUCGUGUUGUUGGUUAUCAACGUCUUUGUCCCCGGACUGGGUACUGUCAUCGCAGGGUUUCUCACAUGCAAGUUGAAGAGCAUCUUCACGGGCAUCCUGCAGCUGGUAACCACCUCGCUAGUGGUCGGAUGGGUGUGGUCGGUCAUGUGGGGCUGGGAGCUGUGGACCCUCGCGAGGAGGCAUCCCUUCACACCUCUCCUUGACCCUUAAGAGCUGCCCCUCGGCUCUUGCUGUCAUCCCCGUGUUGAGAGAAUUUGGCAAACGGUGCGGUAGGCGUAGGCUAGGGUGAUGCCCGCUUGGCACUCGAAACCGUUGCCUGUCUCUGUCGAAAUAAUGCUCGAUUCGGGUAAAUGGAGUGUUUCUGGAACGGGGGUCUUGUAUAGGGUCGGGCCGCCUCGAUGUCUUGCUGUACUGUAGGUCCUGCUGCUGGAGUAGCCAACACAGCAAGACGUGUGUAUCGCCUCCAUGGGUCGAUGCAGCGCCUCACGAUGUUGAAAGCUGCUUCUACGCAUACCCUCAUAACCUGGCGUGUGAUACUAACUGUUGGUCCCGUCUACGCUGGCGCCGUAGGUGUUGCAUUCGGUGUCGGAAGAGCUUUCACGGUCAGUUUGUCCGAUGUAUUGUUUGCUAACACGCGGCUUUAGAUCCCUACGUGGUAUGCGGUUUCAUGUGCUAAGUUUGAUGCCCCCAAGCCAAUCACACAGAUCCGUUCCCGACGAUUCGUUCCCGUUUCCUUGGUUUCCUUGAGAGGCCGCUCCGCAUGCGUCAACUCCUCACUGCCUCGGGGAGGCCGACGAAAGCAAGCGCCUUUUUGUGUUUUCGAGCGUAGGUUCUUUAAGUUCGAAGGUGGUUUUUGUUGCUGCAAUUCCCUUGGUGUUGUAAGGUCCGAAAGAGGCGGGGUGAUCAUCUUUGCAUUUAGAUAUAUAUAUUUUUGUCGAGACUCAGGCCAGAUUUAUUUAGUACCUUCCGCGACGAAAAGGUGACCGUACUUUGCAAUGCGUACUCUCAAGGGCUAACCGUUCACAGUUUCGGUAUGCGAUUGUACGGUGUGGUGUGCAGCAGGCGUUUCCCGGUAGGUUUGGUUGUUUACCCUCUCAGCCCAUUAUGUUGCUCGUGUGUGCUU